AUGCGCGGGGCCAUCCCGGGGCUCAGCCUGGCGCUGCUGGCGGCGGAGCGCGGGGCGAGGGUGGCAUGUCUCAGUUGUUGGGCUGUGUGGCUGUGGCAGCCCUCAGCGCUGCUUCUCUGCCCUUCUCCAGGGCUCUGUGCCAUCAUCCAUUACCUUGUCCAUGGGCAGCUGGGCUGGUUUGGGCUGACCAUGGCCUGUGUGGUGCCCGGCUAUGCCGCUCAGCUCCUCAGCAUCCUCUGGUUCCGGGCGGACGGACACCCACACAGCUGCUGGCUCCUGGUGCUCCACCUCCUCCAGCUGGGCCCCUGGAAGCGGUACUGGGAUGUUUUGCGGAUGGCAGGCGGCAGUGCCUGUGCUGGGGAGGUGCUGACACAGCUCGGGGACGUGUGUGUGCUGCAGCUCCUGGAAGCCCUGUUGCAGACCCUGCCUCACCUCCUGCUCCAGGCCUACGUUGUCGUGGCUGUUGACCCAGUGGGCUUCAUCCCUGGUGUCAGCGCAGGGCUGUCCCUGCUCUCCCUCGCCUGGGCUUUGGUGUCCUACAGCCACUUCAUCCGCCUGCUGAAGCCUGGCCACCUCAGCCUGCCAGCCAUGGCCGUGCUCUGCCUGCUCCUCUGGAGGACAGGGAUGCUGGGGACCAGGGUCCUGGCCCUGGUGCUCUUUGCCAGGCUCUACUCCUUUUGGGUUUUCGCUGUGGCAGGUGCCCACUGGUUGCUCAUGUCCUUCUGGCUGGUGGCCCAGCAGACAGAUAUUGUGGCCCAGCCAUGCCGCUGGAGGUUGUUUAAUGGCCUGGUGGGAGCCGUGUACAUCUUCUGCUACAUCAAUGUCCGACCCGGUCCCUCCAAGGCCAGGGUGUCUGUAUUUUAUGCAAUAAUGCUGAUGGAGAACACGCUCCUGCUGCUGUUGGCCACCCGGUUCCUGCAGGCAGAGCUGAGGAACAGCCUGGGUGUGACUGGGGCUGUCAUGUCAGGGUCUGUAAUAGGUGCUGCAGCUCUGGUGGUUUAUUACAGCCUGCUCCAUCCCAAGUCCACAGAGAUCUGGCAGGGAUUCCUGGAGACAUCCUGCAGUGCUGCAGCAGGGGGUGAUGAUGAGGUCUCUGGAGAGAGCUCCCAAGCUGGGCAGAGCUCAGGAAUUUCGGGAGAUGAUGAGUCCUUGUCAGGGGAAGGCACCACAGCAGAUCCAAAAAAUGGGAACGGCUCAUCGCUCCUGCAAUCCAAAGCCUGUUUGGAGGACAGCUGGACAAAACAUCACCACUGGCUGCUGGUAAAGCUGGCCUUGAAGACGGGAGACCUGUCCGUGAUCAACGCAGCCUUCGGAGAUGGUGGCGUGGGAGAGGUUUAUCCCGCAGGAUGGAUGACUGGGAAACCCACUGGAGUUGAGCCUGGGGCAAACUCUUCUCUCCCCAUGAGGGAUGUUGUUCCUCAGGAGGCUGAAUCUGCUCUGGCAGUGGGGAGUGGAGGAGGCAUCAAACCCAGCACUGCGGGAAUGGCACAGGGGGAUGGAGUAGGGCAGGAGCCUGUUUUUCCCCCAUCCCUAUCCCAUCCCAACAGCUUCUCCCCGGAUUCAGCCGAGGGCUCCUCUGUGUAUUUCAGUGCCAGCGCAGGAGGCAUCACCUCGCCCGGGACAGGGACAGGCACAGGCACGAGGAUGUGCACAGCCCUGGUGCAAAAGGACAGCGAAGCCCAGGCUUCUCCAGGACGCCUGAGAGAAGGAGGAGGAGCAGUAGGAAGAGGAGGAGGAGGAGGAGAGGAUUUAUCCCUUGGGAUGGCGAGCAUCAGCCCAAUCCUGGGCACUUGUGCCCACAAGCACCUGCAGAGAAGCUUUUCCCUUGGCAACACAGGCAGCUGUGGGGUGGCAGGUCCCCCCAAAGAGGGCUCAGAGGGGACAGAGGGUGCCCUCAUGGGGUGGCAUCACCUCUGGGACACCCACCCUUGUGGCAUACAGGGGACUGUCACGAGGAGCAAGCUGAGGUCGCCGUGCUUCACCUCCACCCCCAAGGCUGACCCUAAAUGCCCGCCGCGAGGACUGGGGGAGCUGGGAGAGGGGACAGACCCGUCUGGGUUGCCAGGGUGACCAUUUAAAGGGCUGCACUGUCACCUUGGGGUGACUGUCUCAUCAAUAAGGCCUGGCAGGAGGUGGUGGAGUGAAGACUGUCCCAGUGAUGCCCCUGACACUGGGCAGAUGUGCUCCUCCAUCACCAGGACGUCACCUUCCCUCAUGCUGCAUCUUCUACUUGCAGUUUUGGAGAACUUCAAAGGUCUGAAAAAGCCCUAAAACUCCAGGACUAGUUAUUUAUUGACCUUAUUUAUGUCACAGUCCUGCCAGGCAGCCAGAGUGUGCUGCCUUUGGUGUAUUUGUGACAAUGAUUGAAGUGUGUCCUUUACC